AUGGAACUUCAAGAAACUUACAACGAGAAUUUUACUCUCUAUGUUCCCUUCCUCUUUAGGCAAUGGAGAUUAGCACAUCGAAAUGCCGUAAACGCAGCUACUGGGAAUGGUCGAAACCUUGCACCAGCUCAGUUCCCUGAUAACGAUGAUCCGGAAAUAGAGAGUGCUUCGCCAGCACGACAGGAAAUGCUCUCUCGAGCGGCAAGAGCAGCUCGGGAAUAUGCUAUGGCUGAUUCUGAUGUUGAUGACGACGACAUUUCUACUGUCAUCGGUUCGAUUCACAAUACGGCCAUUUCGGUUGCCUCAUCAUCAUCGUCUUCACCGUCACCGCCAUCAUCAGGUCCUACGUCUAUGACUAUUAUGGGAAGAUCUACUUCACGUUAUAAUAAUAAAAGAGUCUUGAUUAUUGCCAAUGAGUUCUUGAAACAUAAUGCAUUUGUAUUCGUCGAUGGUGAUUCCUUUAAGCAAUUCAAACAGUUAAGAAUGAACAUCAAACAAGAUAAGAAAACGUCUUCUGUAUUCUAUGACCCUGCAACUCAAAGUUAUAAACGGUUUCCUUUGCAAAACUUACCUUCAUCGGACUCCGGGUUAAUACCGGACUUAAGACAACAUAUCAUUGGACCUGAUUACAAAGCUCUGGGAUAUGGGUUACCACUUUUCAAAGUCCAAGUGCCAUAUUUGUCUUCGUUCCGGAAAAACGCACCCUUUGUGGUGUUCAAAAGAUUCCGAGAGGUUCCCCUUCCACCUGUAUAUGGACAGAAGGUGGUGGUUGAUGAAGGUGCAUUGUACGCAGACGAUGAUAUGGACAUAAACACUCAAACCGCCAUUUCCAAAGACCAUAAAGCCAAUGCCCAAGUAACCGAAAGUUCAAGACGGAGACACAGUGAUCUGGGUGGUCGUAAGUCCGAGAGUGAAUCUCCUGUUUCACUGCAAGACAAUGACUAUGAGACUUACGAUUAUUGUACGGUGCAUGUCAAGUACUUCCAACACUGUCGACGUUAUAUCCUUCAAUUCAAUCCUGAGAACGAGCCACUGUUUUCGGUGUUGGUGUUCCAGCACAACUUCAAGCCGUUUGCUGAUUUCCUCUACAAGAAUACUCGCUUUAGAGUGUAUGGGACUCCCAUUGUAACUGGAUAUUUGGUCAAUUACAAUCCGACGUUGAAGCUCAUGAUUGUUGAUCCAGAUAGUCCUUCGUUAGUAGACGAGAUCAUCAACAAAAAGCAAGAGUUUGAUUUGAAAUCUUUAAUUAAGCGGAAAAGAUCUUCAAGCAUAUCGGAGAAUAGUAAUUCCGGUAUUGCAAUUAAUCCGGUGGAUAAAAGAGUUGAAGGAAUGGAUAAUCCGUAUCCUGGUGCCAGUAAUGGACUCAUUUAUCUAGACUAUUUGUCUGCCACAAGCCACACUAGCUCUUCUUUGGUUGCUAAUAAGCUACCAACGUUUGGAAUCUUUAAAGACGUCAUGAUAUAUGAUGUGGAAGAGGAUAACUUUAGGAUCAUACCAAAGAAAUAUACCGAGAUCGGAAAAAUAGAAACUUAUCAAGAACUUAACAAUAAUCGUUCAACUAGUGCCCAACCCUUUCAAGAAUCGUUAUCAAGUUCCAAAUCUGUUGAUACUGAUACAUUAGUCUUAACUGCUGUUAUGUUAACUUUGCAUGAAGUAAGCAUAAGAAACUCCAAUCGUCAAAAUAGUUUACUUUCAAAUUGGUCCUUACAAGCAUUGAACGGCUCAACUUAUCGAUAUGGUAAUGUAGGGGCCUUUGCUUAUUAA